AUGGAAACUAGCAUAUUGUCUAUCAAGGUUGCUCAUGAAUUAAGUACAGUACAUAAAGGAGACACGGAAGAUUGGGUAUGGUAUGCAUGUAAAAUUCUGCCAGGAGAUACAUUUUGGCUACGGAACACUUCAUUGAUCGUAAGUGAAACUAGAUUCAUGGUUAUGGCCGGCCAGGGGCCGACCUUAAUAUUUGAAAGAAACACGUGUAUAUAUUGUAUAUAG